AUGGAGGAAAUUCAAAGAUAUUUACAGCCAGAGAGAUCUCAACAACACAACUUCCUAUAUCCACUUCUCUUUCAGGAGUCUAUUUAUGCACUUGCUCAUGAUCGUGGUUUAAAUAGGUCGAUUUCUUUUAAAAAUACCGGGUAUGAAAAAAAAUUGAGUUUUCAAAUUGUGAAACGCUUAAUUACUCGAAUUUAUCAACGGAUCUAUUUUACUACUUAUUCUUCUAACAAAAGUCAAAUUUUUGGGCCCAACAAGAGUUUGUAUUCUAAACUGCUAUCAGAGGGGUUUGCUUUUAUUGUGGAAAUUCCGUUUUCUUUACGAUUCAUAUUAGAGCGCAAAAAAAUAUUAAAAUCUCAGAAUUUACGAUCAAUUCAUUCAAUAUUUCCUUUUUUAGAGGACAAUUUCUCACAUUUAAAUUAUGUAUUAGAUAUACUAAUACCCUACCCCCCUCAUCUGGAAAUCUUGGUUCAAACUCUUCACUAUUGGGUGAAAGACGCUUCUUCUUUGCAUCUAUUACGAUUCUUUCUCUACGAGUAUUGCAAUUUUAAUAUUUUCAUUACUCCAAAGAGGUCCCGUUCCCCUUUUUCAAAGAUAAAUCAAAGAUUUUUCUUCUUCUUAUAUAACUCUUAUGUAUGUGAAUACGAAUCCAUUUUUUUAUUUCUCCGUAACCAAUCUCUUCAUUUACGAUCAACCAGUUUUGGAGCCCUUUUUGAACGAAACAUUUUCUAUGGAAAAAUAGAAUGCUUUGUAAAAGUCUUUGCUAAGGAUUUUAAGGCAAACCUAUGUUUGCUCAAGGAUGCGGAUCUUUCCAUGCAUUAUUUUAGGUAUCGGGGAAAAUCAAUUCUGGCUUCAAAAGGAACGCUUCUUUUGAUGUCUAAAUGGAACUAUUAUUUUGUCAAUUUUUGGCAAUGUUCUUUUUGUUUGUGGUUCCAUACUGAAAGAAUCUAUAUAAGUCAACUAUCCAGCCAUUCCCUUGACUUUAUGGGCUAUCUUUCAAGUAUUCCACUAACCCCCUCAACGGUACGGAGUCAAAUGCUAGAGAAUUCUUUUUUAAUAAAUAAUGCUAUUAAGAAAUUCGAUACUAUUGUUCCAAUUAUUCCUAUCAUUGGAUCAUUAGCUAAAGCUAAAUUUUGUAAUGUACUAGGGAAUCCCAUUAGUAAACCGGUUUGGGCCGAUUUAUCAGAUUCUGAUAUUAUUGAACGGUUUGGGCGUAUAUACAGAAAUUUUUUUCAUUAUUAUAGUGGAUCUUCCAAAAAAAGGAGUUUGUAUCGAAUAAAGUAUAUACUUCGACUUUCUUGUGCUCGAACUUUAGCUCGUAAACACAAAAGUACUGUACGCGCUUUUUUACAAAGCUUGGGUUCGGAAUUCUUGGAAGAAUUCUUUACGUCGGAAGAACAAAUUCUUUCUUUCACUUUCCCAAACGCUUCUUCUACUUUGCGGGGAGUGUAUAAAAGGCGGAUUUGGUAUUUUGAUAUUGUUUGUAUCAAUGAGCUGGCCAAUUAUCAAUGA